AUGGACGAGAAGGAGGCAGCUAAAGCCAAAUUGCUCAUUGUUACGCUACAAAAGUACGGCUAUGAUCUAGAGGAUCCUGCUCGUACUAGCUCCAGCACCAGCACCACAUCAAGCUCGGAUUCAUCUCCAACUGAAUGGAGUCCUGAUGACGACGUAGAACCUUCUGCAGCUGGUCGACUUAGUGGUCCAUCAUCUGCAAGCAUCUUGGCUUUGCGUGACCGCAAGAAUCAACAGAGCGCGCUUCACAUUGCUGCCAAAAAAGGUCAUCUUGACGUUUUGCGUGCACUAGCAAAACUUCCGCGGUUGUCAGAGCACCUUAAUGCUGGGGAUCGACACAGCAACACAGCACUACACUUUGCUGCCAGCAGUAAUAGAUCUAAUGCACCGGAUAUCGUGGAGCUUUUGCUAAAUUUAGGUGCCAAUCCGUCGGCUGUGAACGUCCGUGGACAGACGCCGUUGGCUAUUCACAUCAUGACUGCCAAGCCCGACACGCCCACGCUCAUUACCAAGCUCUUUAUUGAAAAGUUUCGAGAGUUGAAGAGUUCAUCACCCUCGUCUCCUCCGUCGUCACCAUCUUCUUCAAUGGGACAUCACACCUCUUUACUGUGUCCUACGUUGAAUAAUCUCGUAAAUGGAACCACAUAUUUGCACAUGGCAGUAGAACGACAAUUGGGUGAAAUCGGCGGUGCACUGGUGCAAGGAGGUGCCUCAAUUAAUGUGCCCGAUCAAAAUGGCAUCAUGGUGAGCGACACGAUCCCUAAAAAGAUGCUGGUGAAGCUUAUUACAUUUAUGACAGAAGGCUCGCAAGUUGGUCCAUCGGACAUAGUACGCGGUAGUUGCAAGAUCUGUCGCAAUCCGAAAAGUCUAUUGGACCCACUUAAGGAUUGUGCUCUAUGCAGCCGCGCCGUUUGCAAAAAUUGCUCCCAAAAAGCUUCGGAAAUUCGCAAAUCGACAUCAGACGGAAGUUAUACGUCGCUUAAAGACAAGGAUGAAGGCCGAUUUUGUGCUGUUUGCUGCACUGUCAAGAUUUUGAAGUGCAAGAAGCAUAAUCAGCGUGAAAAUUUUAACAAAAAGCUCAUGGGCUGCGGCUUAAAAUAG